AUGUUCCUCAUUCGACAAGUGAGUACCAGCAUCGAUGCUGUCUGGAUCGCAUUAGAUUUAUUCGAUAGUGAAUCUACCCGCGCAGCAACAGAUGCUAUCAAGAGACUAGAGACUGAGAAAAUACAUGUUGUCAUCGAUAAUGCUGGAGUUAUGGGCGUGCAAAACUAUACAACCUCCGAGCAGGGUGUCGGGGAAGGGCAAACUUACAAUGCUUGGAAGGUAUUUGGACAAUCCAAGACUGCGAUGCUUCUCUGGAACAUCGCUCUAGGCAAAAGACUGGCCAAUAAAGGUAUCCCAACAAUAAUCGUGCAACCAGGAAUCACCUUCGAGACCAAAAUUCUUGAAAACUCCAGUGUUGACCAAGAGCAACCCGCAGAGGCGUGCAAGCUUGCCAUAGAGAGAGAUGAGGGCAAAAAGAGUCAGCCACAGAAAAUGGUAAGAAGACAAGAAGCAGCUGGUGUAGUCGUUCGUGCCACACUAGAUCCCGCAUAUAGAGCAUUAUCUUCGGCGUUUAUCGUUGAAGAGAAAGUGAAUCCAGGGACUAGGAGCUACGCAACCAGCGAACAAGAUACUGAGACACUACGGAAACUGAGGGAAUAA